AUGUCUGUAAAUCUCAUUAUGAAAGCCAUCCUGCUGGCCCUUUCGCUGCUUCUGAUAGCAUCAGAUUAUUCCGACGCAGCAUCUAAAACGAGAGUGAAGAACAAUUUAGAUGGGGGGAAAACCCUAACCCUAAAUUGCACAGUGUAUGGAGCAAACGGCGGCACGAAGACGGCGACGGCGGCCGAAGUUCUUGGUAGCAGCCAGGUGAAAGAGUUCAGUUUGGAUCCGAGCGCCACUCCGUCCAUUGAUUGUACGUUUAAAUGGGAUGGGAAAUCUCACGGGUUCCCAAUAUACGUGGAUUAUAGAGAUAACCCCUACUGCCAACCUGAGUGCACUUGGAGCAUCAAGCAAGAUAAGCCAUGUAGGGUUGAUCCAAACAAUUCUCAGAUUAUAUAUUAUUGUGAUUCUUGGAUCAACUAA